AUGCUCUUCAACAACGAGGGCGAAGCUUUCAAUGUACGCAACACCCCUCUAAGAACAACCCACCAUUCCUGUGCUAAUUCUCUGCCGCCAGGUUGGAGCCUUCCUCGAAAGCGUCUCACCAUACACAUUCGCGAGUUUGGGCAUAGCGCUAUGCAUCGGUCUCUCCGUUGUAGGAUCCGCAUGGUAGGUUGUUGUUGCGUGCAUGUACAUGCUACAUACAAAGUCCAUGCUGAGACUCGUAUAGGGGAAUCUGGACAACCGGUGUCUCAAUCCUCGGUGGAGGUGUCAAGGCGCCACGGAUACGAACCAAGAACUUGA